ACCUCUCUCUCUCUCUCUCACUCACACACACACACACACACACACACACACACACACACACAAAUCCACAAUUCCACCUUUCCCCGGAAACCACCUUUUGCUCCACUCACAUCACAAAUACCACUAUAUCCGUACUCCCACUUCACUCCCUUCCCCUACCCCUAUCCCCUAUCCCCACCAGACUAGUCCCAUCUUCAUCAUCUUUCAUAUUUCUAAUCUCUCUCUCUCUCUCCUGUAUUUAUCCCAUCGCUUGUCUUGUUUUCUUUGUCUUUCUAUUCAUAUUUGCACAAUUCCUUUCUUGGUUUCACCUUCUUUUGAUAAAAGAGUGUUUAUUCAUUUAUAAUUUUUUUUUUGGGAUCCGGUGAUCUAUACUUGGUGCUGAUAUAUUGCUGAAAUGUCGCUGGAAAUAGCAUCAGAGCGUGUUUGUUACGUCCACUGCAACUUCUGCAACACCGUUUUAGCGGUUAGUGUUCCAUGCACCAAUACGCUCGCCAUUGUGACUGUGAGAUGUGGGCAUUGCGCGAAUUUGCUGUCUGUCAAUAUGGGAGCCCUGCUUCCGACUCUUCCAUUUCAAGAUCUCCAGAAACAACAGUCCAGCCUUGAAGAUGUAAAUAAGGACUGUGGGUCAUCUUCCAAAUGCAACAAGUUUGCUAUAUUCGACUCUGCAGACCAAGAACAACCUAAGAUGCCUCCUGUACGCCCCCCAGAGAAAAGACAACGCGUUCCUUCCGCGUAUAACAGAUUUAUUAAGGAUGAGAUUCAAAGGAUAAAGGCUAGUAAUCCAGAUAUUAGCCACCGGGAAGCUUUUAGCACUGCUGCAAAAAAUUGGGCACACUUUCCUCACAUUCACUUUGGGCUUAAGCUGGAAAGUAACAAGCAAGCAAAGUUGGAUCACCAGUCAUUUGCAGGAGAGGGCACUCAAAAGUCUAAUGGAUUCUACUAAAACAAUGGCACAUUGUGAAUAAGAGAUUCUUUAUAUACCUAUGCAUAACAAGCAUAUAUAAAGUUAAGGUCAAUGAAGUCUCACAACCAAACAAGAAGGCCCUCUCAAGAACUUUACCCAUCUUUAUUGUUAUGCAUUACCCUAUUUUAGUGUUUUUGUAAGAAGAGAGUGGAUAUUUUUCAAUUUUUAUUGCAUUCAUGUUGAAUUUCAAAAAUUUGAGUGAUAUACUAUUCUGAAAUGAUGUGCAUUUGUUUUGUAAUAUUCAUAGUGCAACAUAUUUGUGUGUGUCCAUUUGGGUUCACUAGUUCCUUGAAAUAAUGCGGACCAGUUGGCUCUC